GUCGCCCAUUCAAACCUCGCGUCCAAAACAGAGCGAGUGACGGCGAUUAUGUGACCCUCUCUUCUCGCUUCUUUUCCACGGUUUACGAGCUCCCGAGGCGUUGGCGAAGAUGGUGGAGACCUUAGAGGGGCGUGUCUUGGACGACUGGAUGAAGGCCAGGACCAACACCGGUAUUCCUUAUUAUGUGAAUCACAGCCGAGGUGUUACGCAAUGGGAUCAUCCAGAGUACGUUCGAAUUAUGGAGGAGGUUCAUGCUGUCAAUUCCGUCAAAUAUGCCGCCUACCGAACAGCGUGCAAGCUUCGCAGACUACAGACAAGACUUAAGUUACACGAGGUAUCACUGCAAUGUGUGGCCUCAACAUUCGACAGUUGUGGCUUCCGAGUGGCUGAAAACAUCGACUUGAUAGAAGUGAAGCAAGUUGAACACGUUAUUCAGCAGAUUCUGCGGACCACAUACAAAAGUCGCCAUGUUCAUAUAACCCUUGCCACACAGCUUACAUUGAAUCUCCUCCUAAACGUCCUUGACAAAAGUCGAAGUGGAAUGCUGCAGGUUUUGGGAUGCAAGGUGCUCAUGGUGGUGAUGUGUGCGGGGCGUUUGCAGGAGAAGUAUCGUUAUCUUUUCACACAGGUCGCUGAUCACAACAACUGUUGCACAAGGAGAAGAUUGGCUGCCAUCCUCAGAGACUUAGCACGCAUUCCAGAAUUACUCUCAGAACAACCAUCCUUUGGCAUGUCUCUAGUGUCGGCUGCAGUCGAGAGCUGUUUCCGAGAGGUUGAGGGUGAGGUUGGGGUCACAGAAGAGGUGCUGUUGGCCUGGCUGCUGCAGGAACCCCAGACGCUCGUGUGGUGGACGACUCUCUACAGACUUACUGCUGCAGAGCUUGUAUGUCACGACGUGAAGUGUGGGGUGUGUAAACAGCGACCAAUAAUCGGGCUUCGAUAUCAGUGUUUGCGGUGCAUAGGCUACAACCUGUGUCAGGACUGUUUCCUUCAUGCCAGAACUUCACGCAGACAUAAACUGACCCACCCAAUUCAGGAGUACUGUCAUGAGACAACGGGGAAAGAGUGGAGGCGUGCUCUGUUGAAGAUGGUGCGCAACAGAUUUGGAGGAAGACAAGGGUACAAUAAGCAACGAUACUUAGCCAUUGCCUCUAGUCCUGAGUCUGGGUGUGACUUGACCAGUCUGCUGUGUGAAGCCGGAGGUGUUCAGCCAUGGUGUGAGAACAGUGAAGACGAGAUGGAGGACGAAGAGGAACUCAUGUCUCGCACAAUCCUCCAUCCUUCAGAGGACAACGACUCCAAUCAUUCGGGAGAAGGAAAUAGCGGGGACAGCGGCAGAGGAAGCCGAGGAAACGGAUCUCCGGCCGAACCCACCAUAAUGCCAACCACUCCACGGCAGCAGAUACACUCGGUGAUCAUGCACCUAGAGGAGGGACACAGGCAAUUGGAAGAGGACGCGAAUGGUAACAUGCAGAAGAACGUGGAAGAGCACACCCAGCAGUUGCAAACACAGAUCAACAGACUCAAAGCAAUCCUGCAGACCUAUACUUCAACAAAAGCAGCACCACAGAUCAAGCCUGGAGGAGCCAGGGCAAGUGUGAGGGGCCUUCCUCGACUAGAGAGCACACCCAUAGUGGGGGAGCGAGGCCUGCUCCUCAACCUGUCUCCUAUUGUCAAGCAACCCAGUGCUGAUGACACAGCCAUGUUAGACAACAAGGAGAACCAUCUGGUGGAGAACCCUGAUGGAACUCCUGUCAAAGAGAGCAGAAGUAUACAGCCUAUGAGGAUGCCUUUCACUCCAAGACUAAAUGGAAUCCCUCAGCUUGGCACUCCGAAUGGCAACACCCAAGAAACUCAAGACAUUGCUGCAUCAAGAUCAAUCCCACCACCAACGCGACUUCCAAGCUUCACAGAGGUCAAUUUCAGUGACCUGACUUCAUUGACCUCUGCCCCCUCAUCCGUGGCCACAUCACCGAGGGUUGAGGAAAGAGCAGCGAACGGGAUCUUUGGGGAUGAUGUAGCGCCUGACGUCAGAGAAGAACUGGAGAACAUAUUACACCAGUUGGAUCAGAUCUUUCCACUCUGUAAAUCGGAGAACACAAAGGCAGCAGAACCAGAUAGUGCAGGUGUGGUAGAAGCUGCGUGCGAGCUUGGAGAUGUUUUGGCUGAGUAUGUGAACACUGUCCCAAGCUCAACUGCCUGUGUAUAGGAAGAAACAGGCGAAAUAGCGUGUGACAAGCAGUGGAAAGCUGUUUACCAUUUUGUCGAGUAGAUGGCCACAGAAUUAGUAUUGCGCAGAUUUUUAAAUUCAAAGCCUUACAGUUUUGUAAUGUAAUUAUUGUAUGGCAGAAGCGAUCGCAUCGGUCUCAUGGAAACAAUAUAUAAACGUAUGGAAGAAGAAAAAACAAUGUUAGACUGAUGAUACUUAUGAGUCUUGGAUAUUACCAGUGAUAUUACGUAAUUGUAAAAUAGUGCGAGUGAUUUUCAAAAUUUGAAUUGUUUUUGACUAUGCAAUCUGUGAUUACUUGUUUGUUACCCUAUUUAUAUAUCAAACCAAAUAUUGAGAUGUUUAAGAAUUUAGUCUUCCUCUUUUGAAUUACGAUAAAUUUGUAUAUCAUCUUUAUCUGUCUCAUUCACUGAAAGUCCGUGUAAUCUGCAUAUAUUUAGGUUAUUUUUCCAUAUGUUGAAAUGCAUACUGGGGGAAAUGGGAGGUUUUGUAUAUACUUGCGUGCCCUCUUUUUUUUAUGUAUUUGCUUGUUCAUAUUUAUACUUAUGAAUGCUGUUAUCUGAAGUAGUUAAGGUCAGUAAUUUUUUUUUUUUUUUUUUUUUUUCUGAUUUUGGGUUUAAAGCAACCAGAUAGGUACUUACUAUUAAUUACAACAGUUAUUAUAUGUAUAUAGAAUUUCCUAUCAAAAUUACAGUGUUGUUCGUCUGUAUACGUCUGUGUAUUACACUUCGUUGGAAAUGAUAUUUGAUGAAUGAUUGUAGAAAAUGCUAAGAUUAAUAACAGUAUUAAUGAAGCUAUUCAGAAAUAUGAAGGGUUUCUUUUCCAUUUUCUGUCAAGUAGUUUGUUUACUGUCUUUCCCUUUCAGUCUUUCUUUCUCUCUACUUCGUCAAAUUCUGUGAUUUGAUACAAUGUGACUUUAGUGCAUUCUUUCUUUUUUCUGUCAAGCUGUUCUCUCUCUUUCUCUAACACUCUCUUUCUCUCAAUCUCUCUCUCUUUCUUUCUUUUUCUUUUUCUUUUUCUUUUUCCUUUUCCUUCUCCUUAAUUUUCUUCAUCUUCUUUUCCUUUAAGUAUUGCUAUUUGGUUCAUGUCUCAGUUCAGAUUUGUUAAAUUAUAACUUUUUGUGUGUUUGUGUGUUUUGUUUCAAAUUUGAUAAUCAAUAUAACUCUAUAGUUCUAUAUUUUUUAUCUAAAAAAAAAUGUAUUAUGGAAAUAUGUGCAAUGAUAGACAAUUCACCAAUGACACUUUAAUCUUCCAUGACAAAGUGUGAGAAAUAAAUACCUUGAAUUCAGAAGCAAUUUUAGUGAUAUAACAGGUGUUGAUGGUAAUGCAUUUGUGUUAAAUAGUUGUUUGACGUUGGUAUUGCAGUCUGUCAUUUCUUUCUUCCGUCUUUUUUUGCUUUCUUUCUUUCUUUCUUUCUUUUGUCUGCCUGAAUAGUGAUAUUGUGCAAACGGUUCAUGGGAUGUUGCCUCAGGAUGCUGGGUGUCCAAUUCCGAAUCUGUAGCCAGCCGAGGGUGAUGUUAGAGCCGUUAGAUUGAAGGCAAGAUAAGCCAGCGUAUCUUUUUCCGAGCCAAAGAAGUGUUGUCGUAGAAACGUGAGAUACACUUUCUUUCUUUAAGUUUGUAAAUUGUUAGUCAUAAAUUAGUGUUAAUUGGGAUUAUAUAUACUAUCUAUUCCAUUUUCUCCUCUCCUCUUCCUCCUCCUCUUUAUUUGUUAGUCUUUUUAUUUUGAACAUCCAUAGAAAUUGCAGUUAAGAGUGUAUCUGUAAUUUGCAAACUCCAAUGCCAACCUACAGUAAACUAUGAAAUAUUUAACUGUGCAUGUAAGCUGCAUGAUUUUUUUUUUUUUUUAUGCAUGUUGAUCAAAACUUUAUUCAGAAGCAUGAUUUUAAACAUUAAAUCUUGAUCUGAUGCCACUUACUUUGCUUGGAAUGGAUGUGUACCAUUCUUGAAUACAUUAUUAAAUAGCAUGUUAAAAGUAUAUAUUUGCAUAAAGUUGUAUUCCUCGCUUAUUCAUUUGUGCAUGGAUUGAUAAAGGAUAUAGAAAUGGCAGAUUAUAUUAGUUUUCCCUUAUAAAGGUGGUUUGUUGUUAUAUUUUUAUGGUAGUUGGACUUCCAAGUAUUCUGUUGUGAACAAAUGUGUGUAAUGUAUAAAUAAUCUGACCAGGCAUGUUGGAAUUCAGAAUAAAUUUGGCACAAUAUAUUACUGUUAUUAUUGAAAAUGUUAAUACGAAGGGAGAUGAUGAUAAGAUGAUAAGUAGAGAAUGCUUUCCCAUAAUUUGGACUUACUGAUACUCUGGAAGAUGCAUAUACAAUGUCCAUCAGUUUGAUCUUAUCGUUGAUUUUCUCCCCGAUGUCUUCCGUGACUAUAAUUCUUCUGCUUAAGGAAUUAUUUGUACUUCAAUACAAAGUUGGUUGACUUGUAUAUCGUGAGAAUAGAUUGGAGUUAUAUGCAGUGAUGUGAGACAUCUCUUGCUGGGAAUGACACAGAUUGGCUAAAUAUGUAGUAUAUAUAUAUAAAAUGCCCGUGUUUAUUUUUCCAUAUACUGUAGUUUUCUGAUUUUCUACUUUUGUCUAUGUGUUUUCAUAUCUUGUAGGCAAAAGAGAGCUGUAUUUCCUGUCAGUUAAAAGUUUGUAGGAGGUAGCAGUUCAAGGCAAUAUUACACUGUAUUUUAGCACAAAGUUGAGCACAAAUUGUAUAGUUUUGAUAACUAUCUGGAAUGUUUUGUGUAGUGGGUUGAAUUAGAAAAACUGUGAAUUGGGUCAAAAUAAGAUGUUUGUAAAUACAAAUGUACAUUUUCAUAUAUGAAACUAUAUAUUUUUUGUAAGGAAACUACAUAUCAGUAGAUUUGAUACUGUGUUAGUUGAAAAUGUGUAAUGUAUUUUCAUUUUUUUAUUGUAUAGGGACGUUCAAUUUCACCAAAAAUAAACACAUUCCAAAAUUUA